CCUUCUUCAUUGUUUCUCUGCAGACCGCAUACAGCAGCAGCCGCCGCCGAAAGCAACAGCAUUGUGGUGCGCUAACAUCGAGAAAAAGCAAAGUUUUUGUGCUAUUCAUUAGAUUGCGGAGCAAUAUUAUUCGGUUUUCCAGUUGCAUGUGAAGCAAACGAAGCGGCUGUGUUUGUAUUUUCAAGGCGUGUACUGUGACAUCACCAGGCACAGGAUGAGUUCUCACGAAUUGACUGUCGGAUUCCUUACGGAAGUAAUGCAGGGCAAUGAGCUACAAAACCCGGUGGUACAGAUCCUUGGCUCGAAGCGCAUCGCUGGCAGCGGCGAACAGUCCGAGCGCUUCCGUUUGCUCAUAUCGGACGGGAAGUCACUGUACAGCUUCGCUAUGCUUGCCACGCAGCUGAAUGAUCUGCAGAAGCAGGACAAACUGCCCCAGUACACCAUCAUCCGGAUCGAUCGCUACACCACCUCGGUCGUGAACCGGGACGAGAAGGGUGAAAAGCGGGUACUGAUCAUCGUGGAACUGACCGUACUGAAGGAGGGCAGUUUGGUGGGUGAAAAGAUCGGUAAUCCACAGCCCAUUACGGACACCCCGUCACAAGCGGCGGCAAACAGCGGCCCUUCCAUGGGAGCAUCGCGUCCGCUGAGCACCAACGGUGGUACGAUUAGCAACGGUUCGUCCUACAGCAGUGCGAACCGCUCCAUGUCCGGCACGUCGUCGAGUUCCGGCCCGGCCGGUUCGAUAAGCGACUCCCUUACGCAUCCCAUAUCUUCGCUCAGCCCGUACCAAAACAAGUGGGUCAUAAAGGCACGCGUCAUGUCCAAGUCGGGCAUCCGCACCUGGAGCAAUGCGAAGGGCGAAGGGAAGCUGUUCAGCAUGGACGUGAUGGACGAGUCGGGUGAGAUACGGGUGACCGCGUUCAAGGAGCAGUGCGACCGGUACUACGACAUGAUCGAGGUCGACAAGGUGUACUUCAUCUCGAAGUGCCAGCUGAAGCCGGCCAACAAGCAGUACUCGAGCCUGAAGAACGACUACGAGAUGACGAUGACGAACGAUACGAUCGUGCAGGAGUGCAAGGACGCGGACGGCUCGAUGCCCGAGAUUCAGUACAACUUUGUGCCGAUAUCGCAGAUCGCCAACACGGAACCGAACGCGAUGGUGGACGUGAUCGGUAUGUGCAAGGAAGCGGGCGAGGUGAUGCAGUUCACCGCGCGCACAUCCGGCCGGGAGCUGCGGAAGCGCGAGAUUACGCUGGUCGAUUCGAGUGCCGCGUCCGUGCAGCUGACGCUGUGGGGUGACGAUGCCCAGAACUUCCCCACCAAGGCGAACCCGGUCGUGCUGCUGAAGGGUGCCCGGGUGAGCGAGUUUGGCGGUGGCAAAACGCUCAGCCUGAUCGGUGGCACCGUGAUGAAGCUCAAUCCGGACAUUGAGAUGGCGCACAAGGUGCGCGGAUGGUUCGAGAACGGUGGAAGCGAGGCGUCGAUCAGCAGCGUGUCGGCCCGUACCGGCGCUGGUGCAGCCGGUCUCACCACCGAGUGGCUCUCGUUCCAGGAGGCAAAGGACCGGAACCUUGGUUCGGGCGACAAGCCCGACUACUUCCAGGUGAAGGCAAUGGUGCACACGAUCAAAUCGGCCAACGCCGUGUACAAGGCGUGCCCGCAGGCGGACUGCAACAAGAAGGUGAUCGAUCAGGAGAAUGGGCAGUACCGGUGCGAGAAAUGUAACGCCGAGUUUCCCAACUUCAAAUACCGGCUGCUGGUGAACAUGCUCAUUGGCGACUGGACCUCGAAUCGCUGGGUGACGGUGUUUACCGAGCUGGCCGAGGAGAUGCUGGGCAAAACGUCACAGGAGAUCGGUAGCAGCCUCGAGUACCAGAAGGAGGAGGCGGAAAAGUUGUUCACCUCGAUCAGCUUCAAGUCGUUCGUGUUUAAGCUGCGCACCAAGGUGGAGUACUACGGCGAGCAGCCACGGAACAAAACGUCGGCCGUCAGUGCGGCCCCCGUCAACCACAAGGAGUACAAUGCGCUGCUGAUCAAAAGCAUCCAGGAGCUGACCGGCGUGGGAAAGAACUAACGCAACGAUCGCGCACGCGCAUGGUUUUGAUGUAUGAAUUCCAUUUAAAAUGAUAUGUUUUCUCUCUUUCCUCUGCAAAGCAUUAAGCACACACAUGUAAUAAAAGGCAAGCGCCAUCGCUCGCGCUACUCAUCAUAA